AUGUAUAUAUUUAUACAAUAUCUUUUAGUUUGGUUUGAAUCAAGUGUUGAAAAUUAUACAAAAUUGUUCCCAACUGAGGGAAGAGUCCUUAUUUUAACAGGUAGAAACCUAGGUUGGUCAGUUAAUGAUUUAGAUAUGUCUAUUCCUAAUUCAGAAUUUUCAUUCUUUACUCCUCAAGGUGUUGGUAAAAAUGCACAAAUUACAAAAUCAUUCCAAAUUGGAAAGUAUCUUAUUCCUUUUUGA